AUGACAAGAAAAAGAAAGAGUGCAACGAAAGGAAAGGCACAGAAGAAGAAGCCCCAAGAGGAACUCCCUGGUGGAAGCACAUCUUCAGGCAAAAAACCUUCACAGGACCAAACGAAAGCCAAACAUGUUGGUGAACAAGGCCCGGCCGGAGCCAGAAGCCAUGGAGAGCACAGCACUGACACAACAGAGUCUGAAACCUUGAGCAAAGAGUUUCAGACUCAAACAAGCUCAUGUGAAGUGGAAAAUAAAGAGACUCAAACAGAACCUGCAAGUACAGCAACACAGGAGACACAAACAGAGAUCAAUGGCAACACAGAGACUACACAGCCAUCACAGCAGACAGAACACAGUCCUGAAGAGGAUAACAGAAAGUUGGAAAAUGCAUUGCCGACGAAGGCGACAAAAGAAAAGUGUACCAAACUGUCAGAUGGUGGUGGAGAACAAGAUGGAGACAAGCAGAAAGACACAGAGACAAAGGAGAAACAUGGAGGAGAGUCACAGAAAGCCACAGACAAGUCAGGAGCUGAAGGACCAAAAUCGUAUGCAGCAGCUGCAGCAGCCGGGAGUGAGACUAAAGACUCGAAGGAAAAGAGGAAUCAGACAGGAAAUCAAGAAAGCCCAGUGGAAGGCAAAGGAACUCAGAGAAAACCUUCCCCCGUAAGAGGUCCAGCCAAUCAGCCGGUGUUUACUUUCUACAUAUCUGCAGUUCUGGAUAAAAGAUUCAAAUUUAACAGAAAACAUGACACCAUUUUGCUCCUUGACCUUUAUGGGAAUGAAAACAUUGAACUACAAAUUACACAUUUCGAGGAUCUAAGUCAAGAUGGCUAUUUGAUUGAAGCAACAAUUUCUGUUGAGAAAAGCAUUAAAAGAGGUGUUGCUAUACAAUAUAUGUAUGCAGUGCAGAACCAACAAGGGAUCAUUAAGGAAAUAGCGACGAGACAUGUUUUUGUCCCUUGUGACAAUGCAAUAAAAGAACUGCACCUAUAUGAAGGUUAUAUAAGUUCAAGCUCAAGAUCAGUUUCAGAAAGAGUGAAGAACUGGUUUCAGACUGGACAAAAACAACUCUGCAAAGGCUGGGAGACCUCUGCUGUUGUGCUGCGGGACAGAGUGUUUAAAAAAUGGGAGUCAUUUAACAAUGACGACAACAAGACAUUUAUUCAACACCUAAACCAUUACAAAUUAGACUUUGAGUCAGUCAUGAGACGUUUGAAAUUCCCAGAGGAUUUCAUCCCUUUUCAAACAAAAGUCUCAGACCUAAUUUCCGAAAAACUGGUCAGGAUUUUGAAAAGAGAAUCAGAAGGGAAAAUUUCACAGAGCUCAGCAGAGAUCAAAUCUCUGGAAGUGGCGCUCUCAGUGUUUCAAGUGUGCUGUGGCUGUAAUGUGGAUCUCAGCACAAAGGAAUGGGGCAAACUCUGCCAAAUUGUCUUUGAAAGUACUUCUGGAGAAAUACAAACUACCCUGCCUUUAAUCAACUUCACUGUGAAAGGGCUGAUGAACCGGUGUGCACAGAAGCUGAUCUCAGAACUAGUGUUACUUGUUCCUGUCUGUCAUUUAUUAAGAAAGCCAGGGGCAAAAUCAGAUCAAGGUUUAGCUAUGGAAGAGCAAGAAUGGGCAGGGCUUGAAAAACAAUGUUACCAUGAUUUUAGAGAGAAUAUUAGAGGAAAACCUGACAAGAGGAGGAUGGUCCUGGAGCUGAUCCACGAUCAAUUAUCAUUGGCCAAAGAUAAGCCUUACUUGUUGAUUAGCUGGCUUUCCAUGGUGGCUUUUGAGGACAUCCCUAAUUAUGCCCAGAUGACAGGAAUUGUUCCUGAAUAUCUGAUCCAGAGCCUGAUGUACAGAAUGAAGGAGAUUGAACAAAACACUGAUCACAAUCGCAGAGAGAGAAACCUGGAGGCAACUGAAGAGGUCCUGAACGUUUUGUUGAAGAGGGUUGAUGAGGAAAGAGGAAGAAUCAUGGAGUCCAAAUCAUUGGACUUAAUUGUUGCGUGUUGCAGAAAUGUUCACAAGAGUGCUUGCAAGAUUGUCCAACUUGUCCCACAAUACAAUGUCACAGUGCUGUCAUUCCAGCUUCUGCUUAAAAUGGUUGAAAUCCAGCAUGAUCUGCUUUCAAAGGGUGGAGAGGAAAUGAAACAGCAGCGAAAUCAGCUUUUUUCCAACUUCAAUUACAUGCUAAAUGGUUUAAGUAAAUGGAGAAAUGAUCUACUUCACCAACCUCUGAUGCAGAUGUCUAAGCUGUCUUACCCCAGAGAAAUACAGUUGUGGAACGGUUUGUAUCGGAUUGAGUGCUCCUUACCAGGUUUUUCUGAGUACUGGAAGGCUUUAUUAGACCGAGACCUGAGACUGAGGGUGGACCAGAUCUCUGAUUCUGAAAAGAUUGUGGUGUGCUGUAUGGAGAUGACUACUGAAAGUAAUCAUGCAAACAUUAAGUCUUGUUUCCAAGAUAUGUGUCAGCUUGCUAUUAAGAACAAAUGUCAGGCAAAGAAGGAAGGAGACCUUUUACACAAUCUCAAGCUCAUUUCACCACCUGUAUUGUCCUGUAUUAUUAUGGAGUCAGCAGCUCGCUUUGGUGAGGAUCAUGUAGGUCGACUGCUGGACCCCCAAUCAGCAAUCAACUUCCUCUUGUCUCAAGACAAAUGGAAUCAGUGGAAUUUGGAUAAUGAUGCCAGCCAUUUAAUCGCAAAUAGCCAGUCAUCCUUGGGUUCUCUGAUUCAGAACCUUUGCCAGGGAAGUUUACCCCUGGGCCACCUUAAGACCAUAUUUAAAUAUAAGAGUCAAUUUGAGAAGCUGUCCAGUCAGUAUAAGAAGAACAACAAAGACAAAAAUGUGUCCAUCAAUGUUUUAGAGUUACUCAGCCAAAGAGAAAAUGACUUGAAAGCCUUUGAAGAACAGAAGGAGUACAUGACCAUACUCAUUAACAUGCUGGGAAAGAUUGCUGAUGUUAUAUAUGUACCUGAAGUUUCUUUCCUUGAUGAAAUGGUCAAAACUGACCUGCAGGCAAUAGCACUGGACAAAUUGGUUGAAGUGCAGACAUAUUUCUCCAAAGAGGAUCUUAACAAAACAAACACAAGGCGUGUGUUAUACUACGGUGCUAAUCAGCUGGUACAUGACAUGGCACGGGAGAUGCAUGAAGUGAAGACAAGUAACCUUCUUCUAUAUUCAUGGGAAAAAAAAGCAAAAGAUCUUGAAAAUACAAUGUCUGGUCCUCAGCCAAUUUCACUAGACUUUACAGAGGUCCAUGACAGAAUCUGGAGGCCUUGUCUCUCUGAAUUCCUCAAACUUGGUCAACGGAUUGCCAAUGGAGCAGCUCGUUUUGAAGAGGUGGACAAGGCUUUGGAUUGGUGUGGGGAUCAGGGUGAAGGAGAUCGGCUAAAGAAAGAGCUUAUUUUAAUGGCCACUAUGCUGAAGAGAAUUCAGGAUCUGGACGAGAACUGGCUAGAGCAUCGUCUCACUCAGAUUCAAGAGUAUAGAUGGCUUCAUCAGGCUGCUAAAUCUGCUGAGGUCAUACUGAAAAUAAAAGAUGGGUUGGGAUUAGAAGGAGAUUUCAGCCAUAUAUGUAGCCUUACUCAAGUGGGAGACGACACAUUCAGACAAAACACUCUGGGAUCGCUAAGUGAUGAUCUUAUCAAAGCCAGGCAAAAGUUGGCAGAUGUCAAACCCCAGUACACAGCCUGUCUGGAGGCAUUCAUAGACAGUGGUACCCUGAUCAAAUGGGCAAAAACCCAAAUUCAAAGUUUGAGAGACCUGAAAGUCUUUAUGGAACUGGCCUCAAUUUCUGUUGGAGAGAAUGAUGCAGACAUUGAUAGGCUGGCUAGUUUUGAGACUGCUGUGGUGGGCUAUGGCCCUUUGCUUUACUCACUUCCCAAUAGAGCAGGAUUUGAAGAAUUUAUGUUCUAUGCUAAGCAAGUAUGGGACACCCUUGACAAAGAUGACAAACUCCUGGCUAAAUUGGUUAACUCCUGUCGAUGGCUGGACUGGCUAAAAGGUUUAAGGGAAACUCAUGGCUCUGUUGAGCAAUCCUCUCUUUCCCUGGCCUCAGCCAUCAACACUGGAGGCGUGUAUCAUGUAGGAUGGCCUGUGGAUUUCACCGGAAAAACAGGUUUGGACAAUGCCUUUUAUGUGAAGGUGAUGAAGGAUACACAAGCAAAGACAUACCGUCUUAACGAACUUUUAGAGCUGCAGAAUAAGCUCAUGCUGAUGUCAUCUAAAGGGGAGCAUGGAAGGGAGCAAGUCAACAGGUUCACUCAAAUUUUUGAAGGUGUCCAGAGGAUGGGUUGCAUCCUCCUGCGGUUGCGUGCAUCAGGUAAUAUUAUCUUCAGAGACUGGGAAGCACAGAUAAGAUGCAACCACGAAGAGCAAACCUGCAUUCAAGUUAGCUUUUUGCUGUUACAAAAGUAUGUUGUAUAUCAGGGUGAAGUUGUAGAGGAGCUUCAAAAGCUGUGUCGCUCCCUUGAGGACUUGCAUAAAGACUGGUGCACACAUCUAUCUAAGAUGCGCUCUCAGUUUUAUGUAUUAAAUCAUUACACUUCUGAGCAAAUUGUCUAUCUUUGCGAAUGGGUCAACAGUAUCAGUAUCAAAAGGAAACCUGUGCCACAACAAAUGUGGCAUCUUUUGGCCCCUGUUAAACCAGACUGCACCUUAAAUGACAUCAGAGAGGCCUUUAAAACAGCAUCAGAGACUAUGGAAUUUAUGGUUGAAGAUGAUGUGGUAGAGGAAUCAGAACAGAACAGUGAUAUUGACAUGGCCAUGAGCUUCAGUUUACAAGAUGUUGUGGAAAGCAUGGAAUGUUUAGAGGACCUAUGGAAGCAAUUUAAAAAGAACAUGUCCAGAUUCCUCAAUCACCAUGUGGAUGUUGAAACACUUGCACGGUUCCUCUCCAAUCUAUCUGCCAUGAAUCAAACUCAUGUCAAACGCAAGAUUCCUCCUAUUCUACUAGAGGGAAGGCCAAACCUUGUCCAGUGUCCUGUAGCAGAAUUGAUUAUUGCCACACUGUCAUUUUACACAGAGAGCCCAGAGCAUCCUCUUCCUACAAUUGAUGAGGUAUUUAUGUGCCAGGAGGAGACAACUGAAGAGGAGGUGGAGAUCUUCCUUCGUCGAUGUCUAGGAUUCCAGGGUACUGUAAGCAAUCAUCAGAAGAUUUACACACUGGUCAAUCCAGGAGCAUUGACCUAUGAUGUGAGUGUGGCCAUGGUGGAAUGCUUUGAGACACUAGAAAAGAGUGCUGGGCCUCAUUACCGUCUAGUGAUGGUCUGUCCUAUAAACCAGGAUAGAUAUGUUCCUUCUUUCUUCAGUAACUAUAAGGUACAGACAGGUCUGUGUAUAUCUGAAGAAAGAUGCAAAAACUACCUUCGGCAUCAUUUUCAUAUCCCAUCUGAGCUUGUCCGUUACUCACGUGUCUAUCCAAGCAAACUCUCAGUCUGGAUGAUUGCAUCUGAACGUCCAGCUGUGGGGAAGUCACUGUAUGUCAAGCGUCUGUUUGAACAGUUCAAAAGAGACUUUCCAACAGCAACCUGUCUAAGAAUCAGACUCAUAGAGCCCUGUGUUGACAUGGAUGGAUUUGUCCAAACUCUGUUCCAGAGACUGACUCCUCUAAGAGAACAGGACCCUGUGCUGUUGCACAUUGAUACCGCAGCAGUGCGUUGUGGUUUGGAGGAGUUUCUCUUCAAAUUGCUUGUUCUAGGAUGUCUUUGUGACAGUAAGGGAAAUAUAUGGCGGAGAAACGCAGCUCACUUGUUGGCAAUUGAAGCACUUCAACGGGGUCCCAGUCUCAACAGUCAGACCCAAAAUGAGACACACUAUGGGUUUAUGCAUUCACUACCUACCAUCUUCUGCAGACCCCCUAAAGAAGUCAAAAAUUUGGAGAUCAGGAAAAAAAGAAAGGGGUAUACAUCCUUAGAUCCCCUGAUGGAUAGGGGAGAGUUUCAGAGUGAAGGCAUUCAGAGACCUUACCAAUACUUGCAGAGAUUUAAUCGGAAUUUGAACUUGGAUCGUUUCAUAUAUCAAGCUCAGACUGUGGAAGGUGAUCCAAUUGACUGUCUUCAUCAUCUUUUGUCAAACUGUGGCUUGACGGACCCAUCAUGGGCAGAACUAAAACACUUUACUUGGUUUCUUAACCUUCAACUUAAAGACUGUGAGGAUUCCACGUUUUGUGAUCCAGACUUUCUUGCUGACAACUUAAGUGGCUUCAAGGACUUCAUAGUAAAAUUCAUGAUUCACAUGGCUCGAGACUUUGCAUCCCCGUCCAUUGACAUCUCUGACCAGAGCCCCUCCUUUUUCUCUGAUAAUGAAGAUAAUGCAGAUAUCCUUGCUAAACUAACUAUUCGGAAGCGAUGGGAAAAUGAAUCUCACCCAUACAUCUUUUUCAAUGCUGACCAUUUGACAAUGUCUUUCUUAGGAUUUCAUGUGAGAAAAAGCGGAACAAUUCUCAAUGCAGUCGAUCCACAAAGUGGCAAAGUGUUAAUGGGAAAUGUGAUGUCACAAGAGCUCCAUUCAGGCCUUGAGCGACAAAGAAUUAACCUUUCUGAGGACUUUGACAACCUGCCCAGAGAAGACAAAAUACAAAGAAUAUCCUUUGUUGUUGGAGCACAAAAAAGCAGGGUAAAAGGGCGGUUUGAUCCAGACCCUACGUAUGAACUUACUGCUGACAAUGUCAUGAAGAUUUUGGCUAUUCAUAUGCGAUUCAGAUGUGAGAUCCCAGUGAUCAUCAUGGGAGAAACUGGUUGUGGGAAGACACGGCUUGUGCGCUUUCUCUGUGAUCUACAACGUGAAGGCAGAGAUGUUCAAAACAUGAAACUAGUCAAAGUUCAUGGAGGUACUACAUCUGAGACUAUCUAUUUAAAGGUGAGGGAGGCAGAAGAACUUGCUCAAAACAAUCGCCAAAAAUACAAUCUUGACACAGUUUUGUUUUUUGAUGAAGCUAACACAACCGAAGCAAUCUUUGCCAUCAAGGAGGUUCUAUGUGACAAAACUGUACAGGGAUACCCUUUGAAGAAAAAUUCUGGUCUGAAAAUAAUUGCUGCCUGCAAUCCCUACAGAAGGCACAGCAUUGCAAUGGUUAAUCGCUUGGAGCGAGCUGGCCUUGGAUACAGAGUGAAAGCUGAGGAAACUGAGGAUCGCCUUGGUAAAGUUCCCAUGAGACAGCUUGUCUACCGUGUACACCCUUUACCCCCAAGCAUGGUGCCUCUGGUAUGGGAUUUUGGGCAGUUAAGUGAUUCAACUGAACUGUCUUAUAUUCGUCAGAUUGUGCAAAAACAAAUGAGAGAUCAUGGAUUGCCUCUUACAUGCCAGAAAGUGAUCACAGAUGUUCUGGCUGCCUCUCAAAGGUAUAUGCGCAAACAAGCAGAUGAAUGCAGCUUUGUAAGUCUUAGGGAUGUGGAGAGAUCUAUGUGUGUCCUGGUUUGGUUCUAUAACCACAGAAAGGAUAUUUUUCCAAAUAAUUCCUUUAUCAAAAGCGAAGGGAUGACCUUAAAAUGCUUGGUGCUUGCCGUGGGUGUUUGCUACUACCCAUCACUUGAAAACAAAGGUCCUUACCUCUCAGCUGUCAGUAGAAGAUUUCCUUUUCCAUUCAACUCUGAAGAAUCACUGGAGCAGGUGAUAUCUUCAUGCCAAGACUGUUUUCUUAAAAACAUAAAAACAAGAGAAACAAUUGCUAAAAAUAUAGCUUUGAAAGAGAAUGUUUUCCUCAUGGUGGUCUGUAUCGAGAUGAAAAUCCCCCUCUUUCUGGUUGGCAAGCCAGGGAGUUCAAAAUCUCUUGCCAAGACUGUUGUAGCAGAUGCCAUGCAGCGUCAGGCCUCUCACUGUGACUUAUUCAAGAAACUCAAAGAGGUUCACAUGGUGUCUUUCCAAUGCAGCCCUCACUCAAGCCCUGAAGGGAUCAUUGGAACCUUUCGGAACUGUGCCCGUUUCCAAAAAGAUAAGAACUUGGAUGAGUAUGUAUCGGUAGUUGUGCUGGAUGAAAUAGGACUUGCAGAGGACUCUCCUCAGAUGCCACUGAAGACAUUGCAUCCUCUUCUAGAGGAUGGAUGCAUAGACAGUGAGAGACCACAGCCAUACAUGAAAGUUGGAUUUGUUGGAAUCUCAAACUGGGCUCUUGACCCAGCAAAAAUGAAUAGAGGCAUUUUUGUGUCCCGUUGGGACCCAAGUGAGAAAGACUUAGCAGAGACAGCCGAAGGAAUCUGCUCAUCCUCCAAAACUGUUCUUCUCAAAAUCAAGCACCUCCUGCCAAAGUUGGCAAAGGGCUUCCUAAAAAUCUGUAAAAGUGAUGAUGAACUGUUCUUUGGACUCCGAGAUUAUUAUAGCUUGGUAAAAAUGAUUUUUGCAACAGUCAAAAAUUCAGAUCAAGAACCAUCUGACAGUGAGUUGGCAGAAGCUGUGUUGAGAAACUUCAGCGGACAAAGGGAUGGUUUUGAUCCACUUGAUUACUUCCGGGACCUCUUCCAGAGUUUUCAAGUAGUCCAAAGGCCAAGUACACUGAAAAUGAUUGAACAAAAUCUUGACCACCACAAUGACGAAGAGUGCCGGUACCUUCUUUUGCUCACAACUAACAAUGCAGCCUUGUACAUUAUCCAACACCAUAUUUUCUCAAAGCAGAACUUCACGUGCCCUGAAAUUGUGUUUGGUUCAGGAUUUCCAAAAGACCAGGAGUAUGCCCAGAUAUGUCGCAAUGUUAGUCGAAUAAAGGCAUGCAUGGAGACCGGCCGAACUGUCAUCCUAUUGAAUCUCCUCAAUCUGUAUGAGAGCCUCUAUGAUGCUUUGAAUCAAUACUAUGUCUACUUCAGUGGACAGCAGUAUGUCGACUUGGGGCUUGGUUCACAUAGAGUAAAGUGCAGAGUUCAUAGGGACUUUAGACUGGUUGUGGUGGAGGACCAGGAAAAAGUCUACAAAAGGUUUCCUGUUCCUCUAAAAAACAGGCUUGAGAAACACAAAGUUAAUAGGAGUACAGAUUUGACUCCUUGGCAGCACAGAGUUUUGGAAAAACUAAAAAAAUGGGCACAGAAAUUCUCAAGACUUCAGCAAUCUGAAUCUACUGGAGCAAACUUCAGCCUAUCAGAUGCCUUUGUUGGUUUCCAUGAUGAUGCUUGUGCCAGUGCACUCCUCCAGGCUUUAGAGAAAGUACAAAAACAGGGCCAUGAUAAAGCUAUUAAAAACAAUGAACCUAUGUCCAAGAAUGAAAUCAACAUUGUACCAGGUAAAGAGGGCUCUUCAGUGGAUAAGGAAUGUGAGGCUUAUCACACAAUAAUUGGUGAAGAUAAAGAUGUGACUGACACAGAGUCGAAUAUAGAAAUGAGGACAUUUCCUGAAGAGGUGGAAGGAGACUGUGCCUUAAUGGAGGUCGACAGCAAGGCAGAAGAUGCAGAAAUUAAAAACACUGGCAUUCUUGGAGAUGCUUCUGAGCUUGUGAAAAUGGAUGAAGAUCUUCAUGACCUUGGGACAAAAGAGCACAUGGUGUCCAUUGAAACCAUGGAUGAGGAAGAGGAAGCCUUUGAAACUGCCAAAAGCUUUCUUUUGAACUGUGCCACACCAGACUCUGUACUGAGGCUGAAGUAUUCAGAAUUUGGAAAUCAGGAAAAAGACAAACUUCAGGGAACAUAUUUCCAUCAGCAAAGCCAUAACUCUCUCAGAGACUUGAUGGAUAGCCAUUUGAACAAGACCGAUCAGGACAAGAACAGAUUCUUAGAGGUAACAACAUUCUCCAGUCUUCUUACUGGAGCUGAUGUGAAAAAGCUUGCCCCAGCCUUGGAUUUGUCCACUGAACAGCUUCUUCUGCUCUCUUUACACCAAUUUGACACAGAAGCCUCUUUUUGCAGCAAAAUAAGGUCUUUCCUGAGAGAUGCUAGGCCCUCUCUACAUAUUCUACUAGUUCAGAUGGACAUGGAGGAGUCCUUGUGGAAAAAUGAGCUUAUUGCUUCAGCAAAAUACUGUACCAUGAAUGAAAUAUUGUCCCUAAAGUCAAAUGACUACAACAUCUAUACAGUGUUCAUUACAAAGCUUUCCAGAAUUGGGGAGCAAUGUACAAUGAGUAGCAACAAGUACAUAGGCUUUCAAGGAGGAGUUUGGCUAUCUGCACAUAUUGAUGACCUCAGAGAUUCUGAUGACAUGAGCUUAGAUCUAAAGGCUUUUUGUGGAAUACCAAUUAGUAAACUCAUCUCGCAGACGAUGGAAUCAGAUGUUGAUGAUUCAGAAGAAAUUGGACCACAAGGUCAGAAGGGAGAUUCAGCAUGUCUACACAGUUUGUCCCUCGUGAGAUCCUGCACCCAGAAAGCUGUGUCAAUACUAAGAGAUACAGGAAAAAAAACAUCCAGGAGUAUAGAGCGCAUGAACAUAUUGUUUUGUCUUCUGAGGGAGGACCCUGGUCGGACAGGAGUACGGUUCCAGAAAGUGUUGUUAUGGCGGCUGGUGAUUGCACUGAUACGGAAGGAGCAGCUGAUUCCUUAUGCAAAUGACUGGGCCUACAAUGCGGCCAAGAACCGUGAAGCUUUACAGGAAGGCGGAACACUUCGCCACACUUUAUGGCGUAUUGCACAGUGUGUUUUGACCCCAGUUCUAGCACGAGUGUUAGAAGUGUUGGACAGAGACCACAACUUGUACCUACUCUAUGGGGAAAGUCUUAGCGAGGGGCUGGUCCAGUUCUGGCUUGAUAUCUUUGAAGAUCAACAACUCCUUGACCUAAACCUUUCACAAAGUGCAAGUGCUCCUGAGCAGGAGAUUAACGUGCAGUGUCACCUGUUCAUUGGAGAGGAGGAAUGUUCCUGUGCUGCUCCUUUUAGCUGGCUGAUAAAAAAAUUCUGCCAAAGUUUGUGGGAGGAAUCAGAGUUUAUUCUAGGCACUGAGCAAGGCAACAAAGCAAAGAUUCUGCAGUUUGUUAGUGCUGUUUCAAGCAGUGGACUGGGCAGCUAUAUUGAUAAACUUUCAGAGGGAGAGAGACUUGAGUUGGGUCAGCGCUACUUGACGGACUAUGUGCUUCUAUCAUUUAAAAUCCAGUCUAAGGAAGAGCUAGAAGUCUUCUACACUGCAGUGCUGGGUUGUGUGUAUGCUCUGCAGAAGGAGAUGUCAGUAACCCCUGAGAUUUCUCCAUCAUGGAUCCUUGCAGCAGCCCAAAUCUAUGCACCACGUCUGGACACAUUAUCACAUGCACUUCAGCUUAACCCUCAUCUGGUCCAAAUCAUAAACCUACAAAGACAAAAGAGAGAAGCUCCUGAAAUGUGUGAGGACAUUCUGGCUAUUGGUAUCUGUGUUGAUGAAACAAAGCUCCUACCUUUAACAUCAAUAUCUGCGUGCCGGACCUUCUUGCGUAGAGUUGAGCAGCUGCAGCCGUGUUUAGAGAGAGUGCUCAAUCCAAGCUACUGCGCCCUUUGCAUCUCAGGCUGUCUGAACCAGCUUGACACUAUAAAGUCUGUGUGGCAUGGGUUACUGCUAGUGGCUGCCUUCAUUGAGCAGGUGAUAGUCAAGAUGAAAUUAGGAGAUGAGAGGAUAGAAGCACUGACUCUGAAACACUGCAACCAGUUACAUGGGUUGAUGGAGGGUUCUCCUGAUUUGAGGAGCAAAGACAAUCUUCAGCAAAUCAUCCGCAUACUCAAUGGUUAUCACGAUGAGUCCAUCAGUAGAGAACUGCGGUAUGGUGUGAAGUGUCCAGUGUGUCGAUUAGAUCUGUCAGAGCCCACUGCACUUCCUUGUGAGCAUGUGUUCUGUCUGUCCUGUCUGAAGAGAUCCAUAGAGACAGCAGGAUCUGUGUAUUGUCCCUUGUGCAGAAAACCUCUGGCCAACAACUACAAGCCCACUGUCGCCAAAAAUGUAGAUUACAGUUUAGCUCUGAGGCAGCAUAAAGAGAUUAGGAAAUGUUGCAACAGCUUUUUCCUGGAGGUGGUCUCUCAUUUUUUUCUGACUGAUAAACAAGACCCCCCAGAGGACCUGGUGGAACUGCUUUUCUCUCUCCUCAUCUCAGCACAAGGAGAUGUGUAUAAGACCAGAGAGCUCACCCCUUUUUUGGAGUGUGUUGACCAGAGCCCUGUGGUGCGCUCUGUGCUGCCCAAACUCCUUCUGCAGUACAGCUUCAAACAGGUGAAAAAACACAUUCAAUGCUACUUGGAGGACCUGGAGAACAAGCUUCUUGACCAAGAGGACAGAACUGAACUCUAUCUGCUCUUUGUUAACUGUUUCCAGGAUUCCCUAAUCUGUUCUGGAUUAAAUGGAGCUGCAGAUGCGCAAGAGAACCCUAGUCUGCAGGAGAAUGUGAACUUCCUCAGCCGACUGGCUCGUAAACAGACAGCUUCUAGACAGCAUGACCCAGCUGAGUUUCUGCUGUCUAUGGCUCACCUUAGAAUGUGUCUGGACUCUGCUGCCCAAAUCCUGUCCAAAGCUAUUAACCAAAGAAUUGGUAAUUGUGAUAUUGAGGAGAAAAAGCUUUUGGAGCAGGUGAAGGCUGUGUGUCUGUACUGUGACAGUGACUGGUACAAAGUUUACCUGCUCCGAACACUAAACAGACAAGCUGGCAUGGACUGUGUACAAGCGCUGAUCAACAGCGCCGAUUAUGAAUGGGUCUUCCCUACGGAGAUACUACGCCUUCAUAGGUUGAUUCCUACUGAGGUGGAUCGGUUUUUGUGUUGUGGACAGUCAUACCGGAUUCUAAGAGAUGGAGUAGGACGAGUACUGCUAGAAGGCAGGACAGAUGGACUCAAAGAUGCCCUACAGGCAACGGGCAGUUCAGGCUCUUUGAAAGACGUCUUGCUGACUCUUGCUGUGUUCAGACAGGUCACCUGUCAUCUCAUGUCAUCUGAAAAAAAAAUGCGUCCUCAAUUACAGGAGAUAAAGUUAUUGGAAGACUUUUUUAGAGUGAACAUAUCAGGACAUGUCAGAGAGCUCUGCACUGCUCUCUUAUCCAAUCAGAUUGGAGGACCAAGAUCUCACCUAAGUCUCAAUGCAGAUGUUCCUGCUCAGCGUCGCUCUUUACUGGAGCUCCUGGUGCAUGCUAGUGCAGUGUUUCACAGUGGCAACAGACUGCUCAGACCACUCCACUCCAUUGCCUCUCAACCUCAGAACAUGACAGAAGCCCUUCUACCAACUAUGCCAGACGAUCACACAAGUGAAGCCAGAGCGUGGCUACAAGAUGGCAAUUUGUCAAUGUACUUGUGUAAAAACAAUCAUGCUUGCUUUGUGGGAGAGUGUGGCAGACCAGUGGCUUUGUCCAAAUGUGCGGAGUGUGGAGUGCCUAUAGGAGGCGUGAGACAUAUCCCAGUGGAUGGUUUUACUCAAGUCACGUCCCACAGAGUCUCAGACAUGACACGACCAGGGCAUAUAUUAGGGGAGGGUGAGAACCGUUCAGAUGCCCCAUACAGGAAUAUGUCUCUUGCACAGUCCUGUAUCCUCCGUCUAUGUCUUCAUCUGGCCAUGUUGCAAGGCGCAAUUCACCACCUGCAGGGCAUCAGAUCUGUGAUUCAUCCAACUGUACAUGAUGUAUAUGAGUUCCUCUGGCAACAUCUUGAGAAGGACAUGAAAGUUCUUGGGAAGACUUUGAAUCUUAACAUGGAUGACACUGCCAUCAUAGUUCAUCUUGUCCUCAACAAGUUUCUACAAACCACCAGAGGUGAUGUCCUGGAUCUAUCGUCACGCAGGUCCAGAGAGCAGUGGGAGACAACAGUCUGUAAAUCAGUUAUCAGUCCUAUUUUACAGGAUUUAAACAGUACAUUGGGUAAAGCUCAGGAUCUGAUUGCAGCAGAUAACAGUCUGUCUGACAACCCCCUGAUGAGGGUGCUGAGAGGAGACCCUCAAACAAUCCUUCAUCUCCCCACUAACUGCCCCACCCAGAACUCUGCCUUCUGGAGCCCUUCACCUGUCCUAACGAUGGAAAGCUUCUCCCAGAAAAUAGAUCAGAGUCAAGCUCCCCUGCUUACCCUUUAUCUCAAUAAUCUGCACUGUGUGAGACAGCUGGUUCAUUUGCCAGCUCUUGCUGCCCUGUUGUCUGAUCUAAUGAAAGUGCUGCCUCCAGGCACUGAAACCCAGAAUCACACCAUCGCUACAUUGCUACACAGUAUUCCUUCUGACCAUCGGAAGAAAUUGUCGGAAAGGGUGGAGAUCUUCAUGAAGCUUUGGAACCAUCUCAGAAUGGAAAUAGCCAAUAAUGCUUCAGUGGGUUUGGAACGUGCACUAUGUGAAAAAUACAUGACUAAAGAUAGUCCAGGGCAGUUUCUCUCCCUCAGUCGUCAUGGACCAGGCUCAUGUCUCCACGCGAUCAUAGAUCUCCUGUCUGAAACUCAGAACAGUCUAGUGAGAGAGGCCAGGAAACUCUGUCACCAGGAAGACAGUGACUAUGGAGUGCCAUUGAUGGCACUGUCUGAGAGUCAGCUAGCCCUGUGUCACCCAGAGAGGGAGCUGAUCCCCCUGGUGUUAGCUAACUGCCAUUACACACUGGAGAAGGGCCAGCAAACAGUGAGUUCCUAUGAUCAUCAGGCUAUUGAGAGAGAGCUCAGCAGACGAUUUUUUGCAGGCAAACCACGCAUUCAAACAGACACUGAUAAGUAUCUGAGAAGACACCAUCAGAAUUUUUCAGAAGUCCUUAAAGAAGUCAGAGCAAAAAUACCUCAGGAAUCACUAAAGGGCUCUGUGCUCAGCUCCAUGAGAUCCACGCUGCGCUCAUUCACUGAUGUGUGUGACGCAGUUUAUGCUGUUGAGAUUGGGCUUCGUUUUCUGGGCAAAACUGGAGGUGACCCACGGGUUCUGCUGCGAUCCUAUCUUAGAGACUCACUGAAAAUGGACCAACACAUCUCAACGAGCAUAAAUGAGGCUUUGAGGGAAAACCAGCUGAGUCAGUGCACGGCCACCUGGCAGUUCCUUACCUGCUGGAAGAGUGAACAGAUGAUGAGGAGAGGACAGGAUCCAUUCCAGCGGCUGUCUAAAGAGUUUAGAGACAAACUAACUUCAGAGGAGAGAAAGAAGGUGAAGGUUUUCCUUGGAGUCACAGACAUUGAUAUUCUCUCUCUGGAACUGCAUGAGAUCCUUCAACUCAUGACAAACAGCACUGUGGAAGGUGGCUUCGCUCCAGACUGGGACAUCAGGUCCACCAUGGAAUUCCAUUUGGAGAAUAAGAACAUCACAUCUUGUCCUGGUCUAGACAUUCUUCCGGAGGAAAUUACCCUAGCUAAAGCAGCAGAAAUCUGGAAACUUGCUGUGGAAUUUAAACAAUGAAAUGUACCUCUGUCUGUGCCAAACCCAACAGGAAUAAAUCAAUUAUGGGAACAAGUGAUUAAUGCAAAUGUGAAUAGUUCAGGUUUGAGAUCAUUCAGAUGUUGCUGCCUUUGUUAUUUCUGAUGGAAAUUGAUUCUUGAUAGAUAUUGUCAUUCCAGCAGCCUAAGUCUUUCUUUUGACUUAUAGUUUUUGUUAAUACAAUAGAUUGAAUACAAUUUUUUUUUAAUUUUUCAGACUGUGAAUGUGUCUUUAUAAAGUCGAUCACUCUAAUGUUUUAGUGAUUUGUAUGAUUAUUUGAUGAUUUAUGUGCCAAGAAUUAAUUGAACAAAUAUUGUUGCAGCUGCUUGUCUUUUUUUUAUUAUGCACCGUUUGUUUUAAUUUGUUCAAAAUAAAGUUGUAUUACUGAU